UAGCGUUGUUAUGACUGGAUUUUAGAGUAGUUUCAAAGUCGUUACUAGUUAAUGAUAGGACUAACUUUUUUUCACUUAUAUGAUCAGCGUGGUGCCAACUGCUACUAGUGUUAGAAGAAUCAAACAGACAGAUCAAGAUCUAGGAACUAUGGAUCGGAAAUGGGUGUCUGCGAAUCGAGCGUCAAAGGAGUACAUAGAAGGAGUUAAAGAGUUUGUUGAGUUUGCUGUUGCUCAUGCAAACGACAAAAGUAACAUCAUAUGCUCAUGCUUAAAAUGUUGUUACAGAACAGUUAGUGCGGAGCAUUUGCAAGAUCACUUAAUAUGUAAUGGAAUCGAUGAAAGCUAUACAUGUUGGACAAUGCACGGGGAAGAAGAAACUGAGUCUGCUGGUUUGAGGAGUAAUGUGAGAGAUACGUCAAAUGAUUAUGAGUUUGAUCGAGUCGAAGAGUUUAUGAAUGAAAUUGAAGAAGAUCUUCGUGAUUGUCCCGAAAUGUUUGAGAGGCUAGUAAGUGAUUCAAAGAUACCAUUGUAUGAUGGAUGUGCUAAAUUCACAAGGUUGUCUACGGUCUUAAAAUUGUAUAAUUUAAAAGCACGCAAUGGAUGGUCUGAUAAGAGCUUUACAGACUUGCUAACUCUAUUAAAAGAUAUGUUGCCUGAGAAUAACGUGCUCCCUAGUCGAACCUAUGAGGCUAAACAAAUGUUACGUUCUAUUGGCAUGAGUUAUGGUACCAUUCCUUGA